AUGCUUCGUCCACCGUCAGCCGUUCGUUCAAGUGGCUUGCGACCACCUACAUCAGGUGGUCUUCGGCCACCAAUGCCGUCGUCUCAUCUACAACAACCUAUUCGGCGAAUUGCACCACAACCAUCACCAAAUCAAUAUCAACAAACAAAAACAUCUCAUCGUCAAACCAGUCGUCCAGCAAUGAGUUCGACUCGUGACCCACCUGUUCAAUCACGACCAUCAAUUUUUCCACGUAAUCAAGCUCAUACACCGAUGCCAUCAGCUGCUCGUCGUACAUUAAUUGGUGUUUCACGUCAAUCCAAUGUUCAUAAGCAACAUGAACAAUUUGGCGAUGAAAAUGUUGCACCAGUAAAUUAUUCAAUUAAACAAGCAUGCGAUCGUCUUGGAUAUGAUUACCGACAUUUAAUGGAAGAAAAACGACGCAUUGGCUAUUCAGGACCUGGACUAAUUGUUCCUGAACGAACUGAAGUUGAUGAAGUUCUUAUAAAGAAUAUCGAUGUUCCUUUUGGCGUUUGGUUAUAUAAGUAUGUUCGACUAUAUCCUGGUGAACCAUUAGCUGAAAAUUUAAAUGAACGACAAUUCGUUCCCGAACGAUUAGAUCAAAAUGAAGUAUUAAAUAUUGUUCGGCCAACAAAUCGUAAUCAACGACAAACAACCCGUAUUCUUGAUUUAUUUGGUGAUAAAAGUAAUACAAUGGCGCCCCCAACAGACACUACAAACGAAAUAAUUGCAAAGAGUAAAAUGCCACCACCACCCCCUCCACCAUCAAAUGAAUUUCGCUUUGCUCGUUCCACUACUGUCUUAGCAAUCAACGAUGAAGUACAUCGAUCACCACGUCGUUUACCACAUCAUGGUCAUAAUACGAAUGUUCAUCAACAAUUACCGUCGUCAAUGUUAAAACGAUCGCAAACACAAAUCAUCAAUGCUAAAUUAGAUAAUGAAUCAUUUGAUCGUGAUGCUCAAAUAAGAAUACGAGAAUUGAAAUGUUCAGCUAUAGGACAAGAAUUUAUGGAACAAUUGGAACGUCUUCGUUCAAUUGAUGAUCCCGAUUUAUUUACAAUUAAAAUAUCUAUGUUUGAUGCGGCUUUACAAAGAAUUGAAAAAAUUAUUAGUAUGCUUCAUAUUUGA